AUGCAUCUCUCACUCUUAUCAAUAUUGCUUGCGAUCGCUGCCUCGCUGGUCGCGGCGGUGCCAGCACAAUCAUGGAGCCACAAGCCAUCGCAAGUAUACGAAACAACCGACAAGCUACCCCUCGCAAAUGAAGGGCAUCUACAAGUACACGACCCAAAUAUUAUCAUCUUUGAUGAUAGCUACUACCUCUUCAAAGGCGGGAUCAAUAUCCCAAUCUUCAAAUCCGCCAACAUGUCAGGGCCAUGGGAAAAGAUCGGCACAGUUUUGAACGGUGAUAGCAUCAUCGACAAAGGCAACCGGUCACGGCCAUGGGCACCAACAACCAUCGAAAAAGACGGCACCUUUUACUGCUACUAUACGCUUAGCUCACCCGGGUCACGCAACAGCGCGAUCGGCGUCGCAACAACAACGCAACUCGGCAGCGCAUGGACGGACCACGGGGCCAUCAUGAACACGGGAACCGGACCAGGCUCAGACGUAUACCCAUAUACGAUCACGAAUGCGAUUGACGCAUCCUUCAUCAUGGACCAGGAGUCCGGGCAGGCGUAUUUGAAUUACGGCAGCUUCUGGCAUGAUAUCUGGCAGGUGCCGCUGGCCGAUGACUUGCUUUCUGUACGAAAUGCAGAACACCCAGAUGCAAAACAGUUGACUUUUCUCCCGCAUGCCAAACCGAAGCCGGAGGAAGGAUCUUGGGUAAGUUACCAUGAUGGCUAUUACUACGCUUGGUUUAGCCAUGGGAAGUGUUGUAAGUUCCAAAAUGGAUUUCCCAAGCGUGGCAAAGAGUAUAGCAUCCGGGUUGGGCGAUCGAAGAAUGUCCGAGGUCCUUUCUCGGACAAAGACGGCGUUGGUUUGCUGGAUGGCGGCGGUACGGUGGUCUACGCAUCUAACCAUGGCACGGUGUAUGCUCCUGGUGGACUUGGGGUUUUACCUGGGAGUAAUGAUUCCACUCCUGAUAUCCUUUAUUACCAUUACUUGAAUACCUCAAUCGGUUUCAAGGAUGGGCAAGCUCAACUGGGCUGGAACUAUCUGAACUAUGAGGAUGGGUGGCCAGUACCCCGUGGAGGCCAGAAUGCCACUUCUGCCAGUCCUGCCUCGAUCUAUACACUUCCCAGCUGGAACUCUGUCACAUUCCUUGUUGGUGAGCUCAGAUCCUUAUCUUUGCUGUGA